CCACUCUUUUCCCAGGGAAAGUGAACCUUUCAAAGAGAUUGUGUUUGCAUUAUUGAGUGUCUUGCCAACUGUGAAAUGUAUUUAGAAUGCUCGUCAGAAGAUGUUGUAUUGAGUGUUCAUGUGUUCAUCCUAGUUUUGUUUCUUAGAAGUCUUUGUCAUUUGUGUCUUUGUCAUCUGCUGCAGCCAGAAACACGAUCAAUCACCAUCUCUCAGAUGUUUGCCAAAGCCACAAAAGCCUUUGUGAAGGACACAGAUCAUGAGGGACGCCUGAUCCCUGUGUCCAGUCUGAAUGACACAGACAAACUGAAUCUCCGAUCACUCAUUGUCAAGACCAGGAACAGAUGCUUCUGGCAGGAACCCAAAUACCAGUCCCCUGGCUUUACCCUCGGUGAUGUCCUGAAGCCUGGAGAGCCUGGAAACACACCUUUAAGCCCAACUGUCAAGGAGUCUGACUUUGUGGACUACAGUGGGACAUUUGGUGACAAGAAAGAAAUGAACGCAGAUGGGAACGUGGAGGCAAAGUUGGCUGAUUUCAACAUUACCGUGGGAGGGAAAUGGUCCACCAAACAGAAGCUGUCCCUUGGCAGCCUGAACAAAGAGAAGGUUGAUGUGAAGGACUUACACAACUACUCAAAAAACAGAGUUCUGGACAUGUCCCAUCCUGUGAUCAAGCAGACCCGUGUGAAUCCCAGAGCAGUGUUAGGCGUCUUGACGGAGAGGAUUAUGACGUCACUACCUUGUCCGGUCACAAACAAUGUCCGGAAGCGUGGCAAUGUAGGAGCCAACGUGAGCGCCUGUGUGUUCCUGAGCGGGAAGGCCUCUAUGAAGCAGAGCGGCAGUACUCAGACAGAUAGUGAUGUGUCACUGGGUAUUCCUGCAAAUACUGUCAUGGCCUACAGUCUGAUUGAACUCUACGUCAAAUGCAAUGGACAGUUUGAGCUGUGCCUCAUCUGCAACAAUGGGGGCUUUGAAAUAGAUAAGUCAAAGGAUGGGAUGGAAGUAGAUGGAAUUAUGGACCUGGGAGGCGACUUUCAUGCCAACAGCCCCCUAAAUCUGAACGAAGAACUGGAGAAACUGAGUGGUCAUUUCCAGCUGCUGUCAGUCCUGCCAGCAGCCACACGUUCCUCUCUGCUCCAGCUCCUCAAGACAACCAUGGAGGAUAGAGAGGCAGUCAGUGUGCUGGAGAGUGUGGUGAGUGAGACGUACAGAAACUGGGAACAAACACACACACACAACUAAUUGCAGGAAUGAAUAUAUCAACCAGAAUAUCUGUAACAUACUCUCUCUCUCUCUUUCUCUCUCUCUCUCUCUCUCUCUCUCUCUCUCUCUCUCUCUCUCUCUCUCUCUCUCUCUCUCUCUCUCUCUCUCUCUCUCUCUCUCUCUCUCUCUCUCUCUCUCUCUCUCUCUCUCGAUUCAAUUCAAUGUUAAUUUAAGGGGCUUUAUUGUCAUGGGAAACAUACAGUACCAGUCAGAAGUUUGGAGACACCUACUCAUUCAAGGGUUUUUCUUUAUUU